AUGAAUGCGACCCUGCCUGUAUCCCGUCCGACGACGCCUACGCAGAUCUGCCCUCGUAUGGCAGAUAUUCACCCAAAGGACGACGACUUUCAUGUCGGCUUGAGAUUCGCAAACUCGGCCUCAGACGAGUUACUGACCUAUUGGAACUCAGUCGUCGUGCUUUGCACACCAGACAUCUCCAUCUACCGCGCUGAUGACGGCGGACGAGACGUAUUUGCUUUGGGCACCGUGAUUGUCAAGUCAAGCCAUUUGCACGCCGAAGAAGAAUCAGACUGGACAUUUUCCGAUGCCAACGAAUCAAAAGCUAUGGAAAUUGCCAAAAAGCUGUUGCUGGAUAUAAAACUACCAGAAACCUACUUUGCUGGCAAGAUCAACGGGCACCAAGUCCUCGUGCAAGAGUGCCUCCCAGGUAUCGGGCUCAAUGUUUCGUAUCCAUAUCUUACAGAUGAUGAGAAACACACGUUUAAAACGCAAGCAAGAGACGUCAUCCGUCGGCUACAGACCGUUCCAAUCCCAAGUUGCAUCACAGCACGCAACCACAUUGUGCCAGAUCUCGAUAUGCGCAAUAAGCCACACAAGAUGACGGCGGAGAAAGUUGCCAUAAUAUUUGACGAAAAUUUGGAUGAUGAUUUUGGAUUCAUGCACAAUGAUCUCAGCGACUCAAACAUCAUCGUCGACAACGGUCGCAUUGUGGACAUCAUUGACUGGGAGAGUGCGGGCUACAUUGGAAGAAGGACUGCGGCCGAAAUCCAUCGCCGCAUUCGAACACCGCAGUUGGAGCACUACAAGAAUGUUCAACUUGGUGAAGAGAAGCUGAACGAGAUGAUGUGGUGGAACGACCCGUAUGAUUAA